AUGGGUAUUCUAGAAAAGAUUCAAGAUAUCGAAAAUGAAAUUAAGCGUACACAAAAGAACAAAGCUACUGAGUACCAUCUCGGUCUUUUAAAGGCUAAAUUAGCUAAAUAUCGUGUGCAGCUUUUAGAAGGCUCUAAAACAAAAUCUGAAAAGGGUGAAGGUUUUGAUGUAAUGAAAUCAGGUGAUGCACGUGUAGUUAUGAUUGGGUUUCCUUCAGUUGGUAAAUCAACUUUACUUUCUAAAUUAACAACAACCGAAUCAGCUGUUGCAGGUUAUGAAUUUACAACCUUAACGUGUGUUCCUGGUAAAUUCUUUUAUAAGGGAGCCAAUAUUCAAUUACUUGAUUUGCCUGGUAUUAUUGAAGGCGCUGCUGAAGGUAAAGGUCGUGGUCGUCAAGUGAUUGCUGUUGCUCGUACAGCUGACGUUGUUUUGAUGAUGUUGGAUGCAACCAAAUCAGCACAACAAAGACCUUUGUUAGAAGCUGAAUUGGAAGCAGUUGGUAUUCGUUUAAAUCAAAGUUUCCCAAAUGUUUCAUUUAAAAUCAAGAAAGCAGGCGGUAUCAGUUUUAAUUCAACUGUUAAAUUAACUAAAAUCGAUCAAAAGAUGGUUCAUAAUAUUUUACAUGAUUAUAAAAUUUUUAAUGCGGAUAUUAUGAUUCGUGAAGAUAUCACUGUAGACCAAUUUAUUGAUGUUAUUCUUGGAAAUAGAAGAUACAUUAAAUGUCUUUAUUGUUAUAAUAAAAUUGAUCAAAUUAGUUUAGAGGAAGUAGAUCGUUUAGCACAUCAACCAGAUACAGUUGUAGUCUCUUGUGAACAAGAUCUUAAUCUAGAUUAUCUUGUAGAAAGCAUUUGGAAAAAAUUAAAUUUAAUGCGUGUAUAUACAAAGAAAAGAGGUGAAUUCCCUGAUUUUGAAGAUGGCCUUGUUGUUAGAAAUGGUGCUACUAUUGAACAUGUUUGUCAUGCUAUUCACAGAAGUUUAGCUGAUAACUUUAGAUAUGCUUUAGUUUGGGGAACAUCAACAAAACAUAAUCCUCAGCGUGUUGGUAUUAAUCAUCUGGUUGCCGAUGAAGAUGUUGUGCAGGUUGUUAAGAAAUAG